AUGGGAAUAUUUGGCAUUGUCGAGGAAAGACGGAUUUGCAAGUACGCUAGCCCAGUAGCACUAUUUACUUCGCAAGCUUUUGCACUCGGAUGGAUGGACGAAAAAAUUAAUGCACACAGGGAACUGCAUGGGUAUACCCCCGGGUUUUUGAAUGAAGGGCUACUAUCCCAGAUACUCAAAACCCACCAAAAACCCGGGGGUAUACCCAUGCAGUUCCCUACUUGUACACUCCUCAAAUACGUGACGGGUGCCCAAAAGCAAGCAAGCGCGAAUUUAUACAUUGCUUGGGAUAUUCGAGCAACAUUUUGUAUAGGGAUCCGCACGGGUGAACCCCCGGGUGUCGGCAGGUCAACCCGCACCCGCACCCGAGGUAAACCCACACCCGCAGCAAGGCGAAGUAAGGACCCGGGGUACAACCCAUCAAGGGUGUACCCGUGGGUCAUAGAUCCGCCAGUGCUUAGCACAUAUGUCCAGCACACGUCAGCGAAUGCUGACGUGACUCGAACAUAUGUGGAUGGCACAAGAAGGAGGAGGGGCGUGCACUGGGCAUUCGCGCAUGGCAUCCGUCGCAUUGGGAAUGGCGUAGUGGUCGUUGGUGAUGGUGUCGCUGGGGUAUGCGCUAGUGCUGGCGCGAAUGACAAAGAUGGUGGUGCAAAUGAUGGCAAAGGUGACGCGGAUGGUGGUGUUGGCAUGAAAGCUGGUGGUGGUGCGAGUGCUGGGCGCACAAAGAUAGGCGCCGGCGACGUGACACGUAUGACGUUGUUGUUGUUGCUGAGGGUAGAGUCUUCAAUUUGGUGGACCUGGGAAGGCGCAUUAGGUGCUGGUGUUGGUGGUGGUGCCGAUUGUAGCGUGCACGCGGGAAUGCUGGGUGCGAAGAUGUUGAUAGUGGCGUGGUGA